GGCAGCACAGGUUGCAAACAGCAGCGUCUUUUUCUGCAGAGGGUUUAUUGAAUCACACCGGUCUGUUUUAUUUCGUGUGCAAAAUAAUUUUAAAUAUUUUGUUGCAAAUUUAAACAAUAAAUAAAUAAGUAUUAAAAUGGCGGCUGCGUUAAACGGUGUGUUCCCGUCAACACUACAGGAAAAAGUACAGAAAUCGAAAAUAUUGGUGGUUGGCGCGGGUGGAAUCGGUUGCGAGAUACUAAAGAAUUUGGUGCUUUCCGGCUUCCCUGAUAUCGAAAUUAUCGAUUUGGAUACGAUUGACUUGAGUAAUCUAAAUCGUCAAUUCUUGUUCCAUCGUGAGCAUGUGGGCAAGUCUAAAGCACAGGUGGCACGCGAAAGCGCUUUGCAGUUUAAUCCGGAUGUGAAUAUUAAGGCAUAUCAUGAUAGCAUAAUGUCUACCGAUUACGGCGUGAGUUUCUUCAAGAAAUUUGACAUUGUACUAAAUGCGCUCGAUAAUCGUGCUGCACGUAAUCAUGUCAAUCGUAUGUGUUUACAUGCCGAAGUUCCAUUGAUUGAGAGUGGUACGGCUGGCUACAACGGACAAGUUGAACUGAUCAAAAAAGGACUAACACAAUGUUAUGAGUGCACACCAAAGGCGAAGCAGAAGACCUUUCCAGGUUGCACCAUACGCAACACACCAUCUGAACCCAUACAUUGCAUUGUGUGGGCAAAACAUCUCUUCAAUCAAUUAUUCGGUGAAAGUGUGGAAGAUGAGGAUAUAUCGCCAGAUAUGGCCGAUCCCGAAGCCAAUACAAAAGAUGAUGAAGAGAAGGGUGAAACAGUGGAUAAAGAAGUCGCCAAAACUAUACCAGAAACUGAAUCGGGCAAUGUUGCUCGCGUAAAUACUCGACAAUGGGCCAAAGACUCAAGCUACGAUGCUGCCACACUAUUUAAUAAAUUCUUCUUUGACGAUAUAAACUAUUUGCUAUCCAUGUCCAAUCUAUGGAAAGAACGUAAGGCACCCACACCUUUGAAAUGGGACAAUGUAUUGCUCAAACAGGAUAAUGGCGAGGAAGUAACUGCCGAAACCUUAAAGGAUAACACAAAACAUUAUCAUAAAGUGUGGUCACUAGCUGAAUGUGCCACAGUUUUUGGCGAUUGUUUGAAGAAACUGAGCGCAAGCUUUCUGAAGUUGGAUGACGGCGAGUCGCUGGUGUGGGAUAAAGACGAUCAGCCUGCAAUGGAUUUUGUGGCCACUUGUGCAAACAUACGUGCUUAUAUUUUCGAAAUAGGACGCAAGUCGCGUUUCGAGGUGAAAAGCAUGGCCGGCAAUAUUAUACCAGCUAUUGCCACAACCAAUGCUAUAACAUCGGGUGUUGUGGUUUUGCAGACAUUCAAGGUACUGCAGGGUCAACUCGAUAAAUGCAAGUCGGUGUAUAUGCGUUUGAGACAAAAUCCACGUCAACAGCUGUUGGUGCCGGAAAAGUUCCUUACCGCACCGAAUCCAAAUUGCAUUGUGUGUUCUUCGGAACCAGCCGUGCAUAUACGCAUAGACACCAAACGUAUGCGCAUUAAGGACUUCCGCGAUGAUGUGCUUAUUGGAACGCUAAAUAUGGUUAAUCCCGAUGUGGUGGAGCCUAAUAAGGGUAUUGUGGUUAUAUCGUCGGAAGAAGGUGAAACGGAGUGUAAUGAGGAGAAGCUCAUGUCCGAAAUGGGUAUAGUCGAUGGUGUGGUACUCAAAUGCGAUGAUUUCUUUCAAAACUACGAACUCGAUGUUAUUGUAAUACAUUUCGAUGCUGAACGUGAUGAGACGUUAUUUGAGGUGGCAUCCGAUAGCAAUCAAAUAAAGCAAAAGGAUAGCGCACCAGUUGUGAAGGAAAGUAAUGGCAGUCAAGCAGCGAAAUCAACAGAAGAGGAGGAUGCCGCUGAUGGUCCAUCUACAUCCAAGAAGAGUCGCGUGACCGAAGUUGUGGACGAUGAUGAUGAUUUGUGCUUGAUUGAGGAUGAUGAAGAGGGUAAUGCGGAGGAAAAGGUGGUAGCAGCGACGGACAAGUUGUCUGUUGCCAGUCCCGUUAAGGAAACACCGGUGGUACUUCAAGGUGGUAGCAAACGUAAACCCUCUGAACCAGUUGAUGACGAUGACAUUACCGAAAUUAAAGAUUCCGAUGACGAGGAAGAUGAUGGACCGUCGCAAUCUAAGCGGCUGCGCCCUGAUCCAAGCAAUGAAGUUAUAAAUAUUGAUUGAACAAUUUUCAAUAAACAUUCAUAUUCAAUUAAUGUCGAUUUUCAUGUUCAUCAAGAA